ACGUGAGGCCCGUGUAGUGAGGGGUCGACUUAAUACCUGUGCUGUGACUCCCGUAUAACAGUCUUCAUACUGCCCGUGGGGACCGUUUCAUGAGAGAUAUAGUUUUGUGAGAUCACAAUGAAAUCCUGGUCCCAGGUUCUACUCUGGGGAGCUUGUCUUUUCUACAUGGGAGUAGCCGAUAUUUCUGAAGCAACGGACUCGCCACUACCUAACUGCCCUAGUCCGCGCACCGUGUGUUCGUCUGUCGAAACUAACCCCACUCCGGACGAUGGCAGGGGAACCCACAUUGUGUUUCCUGUGUGUGCGUGCGCAGGUUCAACUUCCUGUCCUACAAAACCUAACAACUCCACGUUGCAGAUGACAGAGAGUCUGUGGUACGGCCUGUGUCGCCCCGUGUCAGAUGUCCCGUCGUGUCACGAUGACGAGGUAGCGUCACGUACUGUCAUUGAAGCAGAGAACUUCGACAAGAAAAACUACACAGAGAUCCAGUGCCAUUGUACGUCUGGUAUUCUACAAGGCGAGGCUUACGUGUUGGUCGACUACGAGAACUUUGGCGUCGACAAAGGCGAGGUCGGCGUGCAUGCGCGGAUGUGCGACAGUGAUGUUCCACUGCCGGAAGGCGAGCCUGACGCGACUGAAAUGAGAGACUACAAACGAGGACUUGACCAUGGCCUAAGCAGCUUCUACAAGCGAGCGAUCCACAGUGGCAUGAACAGCUUCUACAAGCGAGGCCAAAAUAACGGCAUGAGCAGCUUCUAUAAGAGGGACCGUGGAAUGAGUAGCUUCUAUAAGCGAGCGAGAGAAAACGGGAUGAGCAGCUUCUACAAACGAGACCCCAUGCGACAUGUGAGCAAUUUCUACAAACGGGAUUUGGACCAUGUAAGCAGUUUCUAUAAGCGAGCUCGGGGUGAUGGCCAAAGCAGCUUUUACAAGCGGAGUCGCGAUGACCUCAGUGGCUUCUACAAGCGAGGAAUAAAUGAAGGAAUGAGCAGUUUCUACAAAAGAGGUGUCGAUGGUGACACCAGCAGUUUCUACAAGCGUGCUCCCGGCGGGGACGUAAGCAGUUUCUAUAAGCGUGCCCCUGAGGGAGACCUCAGCAGUUUCUAUAAGCGUGCCCCUGGAGGUGACCUCAGCAGUUUCUAUAAGCGUGCCCCUGGAGGUGACGUCAGCAGUUUCUAUAAGCGUGCCCCAGGAGGUGACCUCAGCAGUUUCUAUAAGCGUGCCCCUGGAGGUGACCUCAGCAGUUUCUAUAAGCGGGCCCCUGGAGGGGACCUCAGCAGUUUCUAUAAGCGUGCCCCAGGAGGUGACCUCAGCAGUUUUAUAAGCGUGCCCCAGGAGGGGACCUCAGCAGUUUCUAUAAGCGUGCCCCUGGAGGUGACCUCAGCAGUUUCUAUAAGCGUGCUCCAGGAAGUGAACUCAGCAGUUUCUAUAAGCGUGCCCCUGGAGGUGACCUCAGUAGUUUUUAUAAGCGUGCCCCAGGAGGUGACCUCAGCAGUUUCUAUAAGCGUGCCCCUGGAGGUGACCUCAGCAGUUUCUAUAAGCGUGCUCCAGGAAGUGACCUCAGCAGUUUCUAUAAGCGUGCUCCAGGAAGUGAUCUCAGCAGUUUCUAUAAGCGUGCUCCAGAAAGUGACCUCAGCAGUUUCUAUAAGCGUGCCCCUGGAGGUGACCUCAACAGUUUCUAUAAGCGCGGACAGGAUAAUGGAAUGAGCAGCUUUUACAAACGUGGCAAGGAUCAUGUCAGCAGCUUCUAUAAGCGGUCUCCUGAAAACGAUCUUAGUAGCUUCUACAAACGCUCCCCGGGAGGUGAUCUCAGCAGUUUCUAUAAGCGUGCCCCCGGAAGUGACCUCAGCAGUUUCUAUAAGCGUGGGUUUCAGGAUAGCAGCUCCUUCUACAAGCGUUCACGUGGAGACGGACUGAGCAAUUUCUACAAGAGAGCACGAGAUGACGUGAGUGGAUUCUAUAAACGGGGACUCAAUGAAGGCCUCAAUAGCUUCUACAAGCGAAGUGUUAAUGACGGAAUAAGCAGCUUCUACAAGCGAGGACGAAGCGACGUGAACAGCUUCUACAAAAGGGGUCUCGACAACAACAUGAGCAGUUUCUACAAAAGAAGUGGUGAUGACCUGAGCAGCUUCUACAAACGCGCAAGAAACGAUUUAAUGGGCUUCUACAAGCGCAGCGGGGACGACAGCCACCUCAGCAGUUUUUACAAGAGAGCACGUGACGAAUUAUCUGGUUUCUACAAACGUGGCCUUAAUGACGUCAGCGGAUUCUACAAGCGAAGCCCGGCAGAACUAAGCUCAUUCUACAAGAGGAUGGCAAAUGGCCUCAGUCGGUUCUACAAGAGGUCAAACGAAGAUCUUAGCAGCUUCUACAAACGGGACACGGACGUCAGAGAAGACAACGAACUUGAAAACGAGGCUGACAAACGAUCACGUGACGACGUGAGUGGUUUCUAUAAGCGAGGACUUAGUGAUGUCAGUAACUUUUAUAAGCGAGACGAAAGCGAGGCUUUAUGACGUUACCUAAGAUAGGUCCACGUGACCCGAGGUAGCAGCUCUGAACUGCAAACAGGCACAGAGUUGAGGAGUGGAAAUUUGCAAUGUGUUCUCUGGAUUAAAACAUGGAUACUAUUUAUUC